AUGUCAAGAUCAAUUCAAUCAAGACGAUUGGAAUUCCAAACUAACCAAGAAACUUCCCAACUUGAACCGACUCUUUUGAUCCCUUCUAAUCUCAAAUACUCCACCCAAAUCCUAAGAGCCUUAGCAAUCCGACCCGAUAACCUAGCUGAAUUUGAUUCAAAGGUUCAUAACCUUUAA